AUGCAGAGGCCUUGUACCCCAUUCUACAACAUCAAGGCCUACCUCCCUGUCAUUGAGUCUUUCGGAUUCUCCGGUCAGUUGAGGGCUGCGACUUCAGGCCAGGCUUUCCCACAAUGUGUGUUUGAUCAUUGGGAGAUGAUGUCGUCUGACCAGGCUGCACAGCUUGUUACAGAUAUCCGCAAGAGGAAGGGCUUGAAGGAGCAAAUGACCCCGCUAUCCGAGUUUGAGGAGAUUGCGCUACAAUAUUUUCGGAGGCCAGUCUCCAUGGGCUCUCUGUCAGGCCCGCCAAAUAGCGGGCUACAGGCCUUAAUAUUAUUCAACACAGUUUGCAAGUUCCAAGGUACAAAACCAUUCAAAUUCCCAAACCAAAACUCCAAGUUACCGCACUUCCAAACUGUAGAGAUGGACCGCAAAGAUAAUCAAUCUCCCCAAGGUUUCAAUGACCUCCUUACUUCCGGUGAAACAGCUCGGAUUCUGGUUGAAUUCCUGGAGGUGGCAAUCACUUCAAUCGUUCUCCUCAAAGGAAUUUACCCUCCAGAAAGCAAAACCCAGUUCUCAACUGCUUUCACUGAUGGUUGGUUUUGGGCAGAGGGUCUGGUGGAGAGAGUAGCAGUUAUUUUCUUUAACAGUGAUAGCAUCCCUGUGGAAAGAUUUAUAUUUAAGCUCACUGUGAAUCAGUCUUAUGGCUCAAGGGUGGAAGAAGCUGACCUGGAGUUCUCACUAAGGUCCUUUUUUAUCAAGCUUCCCUUCUCAGAAUCCCUUACACGGGUUCUUCCCCAGGUUCCGUUUGGUUUUUGCUUUAAAAUUGCUACUUUCUAUCAAAUGCUUUGGUUUAAUUGGUGGAGUAUUGACCAUAUGCUUGGGUGGUGGGAGAUAACCGCGUACUUUCGAUCCCUACGUCAGGCAAGUACAAGUAAGGAUGCAGAGUUAUGGAUUCCAACAGACACACAGCAAUGGCAACAGCCUCCAUUAAUAACUCCUAUUAAAUCGAUGAGUGGCGAACUUCUAUCUGUGCAGUUAUAUUUGGAACAUCCAGGUGGUUCAGCUCCUUAUAAUUACAAAUUGGUGGUGAAGUUUACAGCAGAGGAACUCCGUAGGAUUAUGGACUACAAGCAUAACAUUCGCAAUAUGUCCGUUAUUGCACAUGUUGAUCAUGGGAAGUCAACCCUUACCGACUCUCUUGUUGCUGCUGCUGGUAUCAUUGCACAAGAAGUUGCUGGUGAUGUCCGGAUGACAGAUACCCGUGCAGAUGAGGCAGAGCGUGGUGUCACAAUCAAAUCUACUGGUAUCUCUCUCUACUAUGAGAUGACUGAUGAAGCUUUGAAGAGCUACAAGGGGGAGAGAAACGGAAAUGAGUACCUUAUCAAUCUCAUUGAUUCCCCUGGACACGUUGACUUUUCAUCUGAAGUCACAGCUGCUCUUCGUAUUACUGAUGGUGCACUUGUGGUGGUUGAUUGCAUUGAGGGUGUUUGUGUCUCCAAACAGAGACUCUGCUUCGUCAAGCCUUUGGAGAAAGGAUCAGGCCUGUUUUGA